AUGAAGUUUUCCUCCGGGGGCUUAUUGGCCAGUUUGACAGCUUCUGUUCUUGCAGAAGAUCUACUUUUUGUGGAUACAUUUGAGUUUAAAGAGUUUGCGGAGGCAACAUCUGUCCUUGGAUACACCACAAAGGUGGUUAGUGAAGCACAAUGGAAGACAAUGACCACAUCCGAGUUCGCUGCUUUCAAAGCCAUUGUCAUUGCCGAUCCAGAUUGUUCAACAUCACCUAGUGAUAUUCAAUUCUUGACUGAUACCAAGAAUACCUGGGGACCAGCAGUUCAAGGGAACAUAGUUGUUAUCGGCACGGAUCCUACCUUUCACUUCUCAGCCCAGCCUGGUGCCAAAGUUCUGAUUGAUAACUCUAUCAAAUUCGCAGCAUCUGCAAAGAGUCUUGCUGGCUCCCAACAGACUGGUCUCUACUACGCGUUGUCUUGUUAUUAUAACAACGUGGAUUCUGCGAAAGUGGAAUCACUCUCAUACUUCGGAGACUUCACCGUUCGAGGAAAUCUUGAUUGUUACAACAAAGCUCAUAUUGUUGCAUCUUCACCUGCUCUCGGAACUCUUAAUGACGCUGCACUAUCUAGCUGGUCUUGCAGUGUUCAUGAAGCGUUCUCCAGCUAUCCAUCUGUUGGAAUCAAUGGAUUCCAAGCUCUUGGUAUUGCUCAAGAUGUUAUUGGCGUCGGAUCGCAAACUUUUGGUGAUAAAACAAUUGGACUACCAUAUAUUAUCAGUCGUGGAGCAACUCCAGCUGGAUGUGGUGAUGGAAAAUGGGAAGCAUCCCUGAACGAAGAGUGUGAUGACGGAAACACUGUUGCUGGUGAUGGGUGCUCUGCAAGUUGCAAAUGUGAAUCUGGUCGCCCAACUGGUGAUGGAAAUUGUCUUCCAGCUUUGACACUAAACAUAACAACUCCUGUUCAUACUCCAUCGCAUUCUGCCACUCUUCCACCCCAUAUAACAUCAGGAUCUAGUGGAGUCCCUGUACCAUAUGGCAACAAGACUAUCAUUUCAACGAUCGAUCAUAACAGGACUGUCACUGCUACUAUCCACGAUACUGUUACAGGUCAUGAUACCAAGACUAUUCAUGAUAUUUCAACUGUUACUACAACUUUCAUUCCUCCUCCAUAUGUUACUCCCGCAUGCCCAACUGGAGACAAGAUAGUUGGUGUUCAAAUUGUUGUUUAUGUAUCAAUCAUUGAAUCAUGUCAUACCAUUGGAGACAAGACUGUUACUUCAUAUAUCACAAGUGAUUGCUCCACUGAACAGAAGCCAAUUUGGAGCACAUCAACUGUUGGAUAUCCUUGCUACGCAUGUGCCUUAUCUAGUGCUGGUGUCCCUUGCCCGACUGGAGGCUUUAUCACAGCCACUACGACCUCAUGCCACGAGACUGCAGUCCCAACUUCAUACACUUGGACUCCAGUCCCACCCACCAUUCUCCCAUGCAAGACUUGUCUUCCAUACACUAUGCCAACAUGUCCAGUAUAUAGCACACUCCCACCAUCAUCUAUCUACGUUGUCCCAGUCCCAACUUUGGGAACUCACUCCGAAGCAAGUAGCCGUGUUCCCGAGACUUCUAUCUAUGUACCUGCUCUAUCUCCAGUUACACACACCACUUCUAUCUACGGAGUCGGUGUCACAACUUAUAUCACUUACCCUGCCGGUCCAACCAACUGCAAUUGUCUCAGAAGUCAAAGGGAUCGCUGCUACAAUCAUCACUUAUGCCGCUCCGACACCAGCUCCAACAUACGCCGCAACUAUAGUACCUGUCUGCCCUCCUGGCGGAUGUAAACCAGCGACUUCUACGGUUGUUCAAGUGGGUCCUGUUGGAACGACUUCUCUCUUGGGUUCCCCCACUUAUAUACCAUUCACUGGGGCAGCUACCCGUAUUGUCAAUGCUAAUGUGGCCACGAUGGUUGGUGUCGUAGGCGGCAUUUUCGGAUUGAUGAUUAUUUUGUAG